AUGUGGGAGGGAAGACGAGGGAAGGUGAGGGAAGGGAGAGGUGAGUGUAAAGGAGCAAGGAAGGGAAAUCAUGCUGCAGAUUGUAAUGCUGCAGACUGUUAUGCUGCAGACCGUCAUGCUGCAGACUGUUAUGCUGCAGACCGUCAUGCUGCAGACUGUCAUGCUGCAGACUGUCAUGCUGCAGACCAUCAUGCUGCAGACCAUCAUGCUGCAGACCACCAUGCUGCAGACCAUCAUGCUGCAGACCAUCAUGCUGCAGACCACCAUGCUGCAGACCACCAUGCUGCAGACCAUCAUGCUGCAGACCAUCAUGCUGCAGACCACCAUGCUGCAGACCACCAUGCUGCAGACCAUCAUGCUGCAGACCACCAUGCUGCAGACCAUCAUGCUGCAGACCACCAUGCUGCAGACCAUCAUGCUGCAGACCAUCAUGCUGCAGACCAUCAUGCUGCAGACCAUCAUGCUGCAGACCAUCAUGCUGCAGACCGUCGUGCUGCAGACCCACAUGCUGCAGACCAUCAUGCUGCAGACCGUCGUGCUGCAGACCGUCGUGCUGCAGACCGUCAUGCUGCAGACCGUCAUGCUGCAGACCGUCGUGCUGCAGACCAACAUGCUGCAGACCAUCAUGCUGCAGACCAUCAUGCUGCAGACCGUCAUGCUGCAGACCAUCAUGCUGCAGACCAUCAUGCUGCAGACCGUCAUGCUGCAGACCGUCGUGCUGCAGACCAUCAUGCUGCAGACCGUCAUGCUGCAGACCAUCAUGCUGCAGACCAUCAUGCUGCAGACCAUCAUGCUGCAGACCGUCGUGCUGCAGACCAUUGUGCUGCAGACCGUCGUGCUGCAGACCAUCAUGCUGCAGACCGUCGUGCUGCAGACCAUCAUGCUGCAGACCGUCGUGCUGCAGACCAUCAUGCUGCAGACCGUCAUGCUGCAGACCGUCAUGCUGCAGACCGUCGUGCUGCAGACCAUCAGGCUGCAGACCGUCAUGCUGCAGACCGUCAUGCUGCAGACCGUCAUGCUGCAGACCGUCGUGCUGCAGACCAUCAGGCUGCAGACCGUCAUGCUGCAGACCACCAUGCUGCAGACCACCAUGCUGCAGACCAUCAUGCUGCAGACCAUCAUGCUGCAGACCGUCAUGCUGCAGACCAUCAUGCUGCAGACCAUCAUGCUGCAGACCAUCAUGCUGCAGACCAUCAUGCUGCAGACCAUCAUGCUGCAGACCAUCAUGCUGCAGACCAUCAUGCUGCAGACCGUCGUGCUGCAGACCGUCGUGCUGCAGACCGUCGUGCUGCAGACCAUCAUGCUGCAGACCGUCGUGCUGCAGACCAUCAUGCUGCAGAUCAUCAUGCUGCAGACCAUCAUGCUGCAGACCAUCAUGCUGCAGACCGUCAUGCUGCAGACCAUCAUGCUGCAGACCGUCAUGCUGCAGACCAUCAUGCUGCAGACCGUCGUGCUGCAGACCGUCAUGCUGCAGACCGUCAUGCUGCAGACCGUCAUGCUGCAGACCAUCAUGCUGCAGACCAUCAUGCUGCAGACCGUCGUGCUGCAGACCAUCAUGCUGCAGACCAUCAUGCUGCAGACCGUCAUGCUGCAGACCAUCAUGCUGCAGACCGUCAUGCUGCAGACCAUCAUGCUGCAGACCAUCAUGCUGCAGACCGUCGUGCUGCAGACCAUCAUGCUGCAGACCGUCGUGCUGCAGACCAUCAUGCUGCAGACCAUGCUGCAGACCAUCAUGCUGCAGACCGUCAUGCUGCAGACCAUCAUGCUGUAGACCAUCAUGCUGCAGACCAUCAUGCUGCAGACCGUCGUGCUGCAGACCAUCAUGCUGCAGACCGUCGUGCUGCAGACCGUCAUGCUGCAGACCGUCGUGCUGCAGACCAUCAUGCUGCAGACCGUCGUGCUGCAGACCGUCGUGCUGCAGACCAUCAUGCUGCAGACCGUCGUACUGCAGACCAUCAUGCUGCAGACCAUCAUGCUGCAGACCAUCAUGCUGCAGACCGUCAUGCUGCAGACCAUCAUGCUGUAGACCAUCAUGCUGUAGACCGUCGUGCUGCAGACCAUCAUGCUGCAGACCGUCAUGCUGCAGACCGUCGUGCUGCAGACCGUCAUGCUGCAGACCAUCGUGCUGCAGACCAUCAUGCUGCAGACCGUCAUGCUGCAGACCAUCAUGCUGUAGACCAUCAUGCUGUAGACCAUCAUGCUGCAGACCGUCGUGCUGCAGACCGUCGUGCUGCAGACCAUCAUGCUGCAGACCGUCGUGCUACAGACCAUCAUGCUGCAGACCAUGCUGCAGACCAUCAUGCUGCAGACCGUCAUGCUGCAGACCAUCAUGCUGUAGACCAUCAUGCUGUAGACCGUCGUGCUGCAGACCAUCAUACUGCAGACCGUCAUGCUGCAGACCAUUAUGCUGCAGACCGUCAUGCUGCAGACCGUCGUGCUGCAGACCGUCAUGCUGCAGACCGUCGUGCUGCAGACCAUCAUGCUGCAGACCGUCAUGCUGCAGACCAUCAUGCUGUAGACCAUCAUGCUGUAGACCGUCGUGCUGCAGACCAUCAUGCUGCAGACCGUCGUGCUGCAGACCAUCAUGCUGCAGACCGUCGUGCUACAGACCAUCAUGCUGCAGACCAUGCUGCAGACCAUCAUGCUGCAGACCGUCAUGCUGCAGACCGUCGUGCUGCAGACCAUGCUGCAGACCAUCAUGCUGCAGACCGUCAUGCUGCAGACCAUCAUGCUGCAGACCAUCAUGCUGUAGACCGUCGUGCUGCAGACCAUCAUACUGCAGACCGUCAUGCUGCAGACCAUCAUGCUGCAGACCGUCAUGCUGCAGACCGUCAUGCUGCAGACCGUCGUGCUGCAGACCGUCAUGCUGCAGACCAUGCUGCAGACCAUCAUGCUGCAGACCGUCAUGCUGCAGACCGUCAUGCUGCAGACCGUCGUGCUGCAAACCAUCAUACUGCAGACCAUCAUGCUGCAGACCGUCGUGCUGCAGACCGUCAUGCUGCAGACCAUGCUGCAGACCAUCAUGCUGCAGACCGUCAUGCUGCAGACCAUCAUGCUGGAGACCAUCAUGCUGUAGACCGUCGUGCUGCAGACCAUCAUGCUGCAGACCGUCAUGCUGCAGACCGUCGUGCUGCAGACCGUCAUGCUGCAGACCAUGCUGCAGACCAUCAUGCUGCAGACCAUCAUGCUGCAGACCAUCAUGCUGCAGACCAUCAUGCUGCAGACCAUCAUGCUGCAGACCGUCAUGCUGCAGACCAUCAUGCUGCAGACCAUCAUGCUGUAGACCGUCAUGCUGCAGACCAUCAUGCCGCAGACCAUCAUGCUGCAGACCGUCGUGCUGCAGACCAUCAUACUGCAGACCAUCAUGCUGCAGACCGUCGUGCUGCAGACCAUCAUGCUGCAGACCAUCAUGCUGCAGACCGUCGUGCUGCAGACCAUCAUACUGCAGACCAUCAUGCUGCAGACCGUCGUGCUGCAGACCAUCAUGCUGCAGACCGUCAUGCUGCAGACCAUCAUGCUGCAGACCGUCGUGCUGCAGACCAUCAUGCUGCAGACCGUCGUGCUGCAGACCAUCAUGCUGCAGACCGUCGUGCUGCAGACCGUCAUGCUUCAGACCGUCAUGCUGCAGACCGUCGUGCUGCAGACCAUCAUACUGCAGACCAUCAUGCUGCAGACCAUCGUGCUGCAGACCAUCAUGCUGCAGACCGUCAUGCUGCAGACCGUCAUGCUGCAGACCGUCAUGCUGCAGACCAUCAUGCUGCAGACCGUCGUGCUGCAGACCAUCAUGCUGCAGACCGUCAUGCUGCAGACCAUCAUGCUGCAGACCGUCAUGCUGCAGACCGUCAUGCUGCAGACCAUCAUGCUGCAGACCGUCGUGCUGCAGACCAUCAUGCUGCAGACCGUCAUGCUGCAGACCGUCAUGCUGCAGACCAUCAUGCUGCAGACCGUCAUGCUGCAGACCGUCAUGCUGCAGACCAUCAUGCUGCAGACCGUCAUGCUGCAGACCAUCAUGCUGCAGACCAUCAUGCUGCAGACCAUCAUGCUGCAGAUCGUCAUGCUGCAGACCAUCAUGCUGCAGACCAUCAUGCUGCAGACCAUCAUGCUGCAGAUCGUCAUGCUGCAGACCAUCAUGCUGCAGACCAGAGCCAGUAA